AUGCGAAUGCAACAAAUUCGUGAGCAAGAACAAGCAGAAGCAGGCACUAGAUCAUCUUCAUCGAUCCUACCUUCUACAACGCUACAAAAUCCCGCUACAACGACUGCUUCAAAUGUUGAAAGGACACAUCCAUCGAACAUGCCCAAUAGUGAAUCCGAUACUAGAACACCGCCAAAGCCAACCGUUGAGGAUACAAAAACAACAAAAUUAGCCACUAAAAUCCCAUUUUCAGAGCCAAUGCAAACCAAUACUACGAUUUUGACAAAUCCUUGUGCCUUGUGCAUGAACGAAGAAAAACGUAUUGCGUGUAUUCCAUGCGGACAUUUCGCCACCUGUGUUUCAUGUGGCCAUUCCUUACGAUCAUGCCCAAUAUGUCGACGAGAGAUAGAAGCAUUUGUUCGCAUAUAUAUUUAG